AUGGCGUGCAGGAUCAACUUGCUUCUCUACGUGAUCUCCCAGUUCCUCGCGUUUCUCUUUGUGCUGGUGGGUACGCCGAUCGACAUGUUUCGCCCACACAACACAAGCCGGAUCGGCAACACGCCGUGUCUGACCUUGUGGGGCGGAAAGGAAGAGUGCUACAGCACAAAGUAUGACGUGAGGUCGGACGAUCUGUGGGCGAACUGCACUGACCGCCUCCUCCAGUUCCGCGUUGCCGAAGCACUCGCUGUCAUUUCUAUCUUCGUGUACGGCUUGGCGUUUAUACUCGGCUUCAUUGCGCUGUGCUGCUGCUUUUGCCUCCGCUGGGUCUGCCUGACGCUCAACAUCCUUGGCAUCGGCACCUUGGGCGUCGUCUGGGCGCUCAUGGUGGUGGUCUACUACAAGGAUGACGGCCUACUUUGCCCACGAAAGAAACCAGACCAUCUGUUCGGUGCCGGUUUCAUUCUUUUCGUGUCUUCAUGGUGCCUUGAUGUCCUCGGCAUUAUUGUCUUGCUAAACCUCUGCUAG